AAUAAUAAUUAUAGGGCAAAGAUGCCCUUCCAGGCAUGGCUAACUACCAAGUUUCAAUUCGGGUUCAUAGAGGAAGGAAAGAUUUUCACACCUGCGGAGGGUCUAUUAUAAACGAAGAGUACGUGUUAACAGCAGCUCAUUGUAUUUAUCGGAAAAACAUGAAAGAAAUGUCAAUAGUCGUUGGCAGUCACACGAUCGAUAAAGGUGGUAACCGAUACAAGAUUAAGAAAUUGAUCCCUCAUCUGGACUAUUAUAAGCCGACUGUAAAGAAUGACAUAGGCAUCGUACAGAUCCAAGGCAAAAUCAAAUACAACGAUAAGGUUCAACCAAUUGAGUUGUUAAAAGAAAUGGCACCCAUUGGAAAAAAAUGUCUCUUUACUGGCUGGGGAUAUACAGACCUUAAAGGGAAAACUUUACCAAACAAUCUUCAAAUGUUGGAGUUCGAAACAAUAAGCAAUGACGACUGCACUAAACAAUUAAAAAGCUCGCCUUACCCAAAAUUGGUGCCCGUAAACGCCGGACAACUCUGCGCUAAGCGCCCGAACAACAAAGGUGCAUGCUAUGGUGAUUCUGGAGGUCCUCUCGUUAUUCAGGACGAUAAGAACAAAACUGUUCAAAUAGGAGUCGUGUCCUGGGUAGUUCCCUGCGCCGAACAGUAUCCUGAUGUUUUUAAUUCAGUCCACGGUUACUACGAUUGGAUACAGAGCAAAAUUAAAUAAAUUACUUUUUAAAAUUCAAGAUGGUUACAUCUAAUUAAAAUAAAUAUUAUUUGACAGAAAAAAUAAAAGUAUAUUUUAUUAUAAGCAAUAUUAAAAUUAAAAUUCAAAAUCGUUUAUACAUAAUUAGGUUUUGUACACCAUGUACACUUAUGAAUAUUA